UAAUCUCUCAAAAAUCCCUUUUUCUUUCUCUCUCUCCGCCGCAGACGGUGGUGGUGCCGCCUUAUUAUUUCAUAAAAAAUGAGUCAGAUUUUCUCAGCCAUUGAGUACUACCUGGUGAAGCAACCUUCCAUUGAGAACUUCACAUGGAUUCCCAACAAAACCCUAGCUUCAUCUCCUCAAUUUCUCGUCUUCACCGUCUUCUGUUACCUCUCUUUCACCUUCUUCCUCUCUCGUCUCUCUCUCCCUCCUGUUCCUCAGGUCAUCCUCAAACCCAUCACCGCCAUCCAUAGCACCGUCCUUCUCCUCCUCUCCUUCGUCAUGGCCCUCGGUUGCAUCCUGUCCACCAUAUCCCAUGCACCUCACUUCCAGUGGAUCAUCUGCUUCCCGCCGAACACCCCUCCCUCCGGCCCCGUUUUCUUCUGGGCCUACGUCUUCUACCUCUCGAAGAUUCUAGAAUUCAUCGACACUCUCCUGAUCAUCUUGUCAAACUCCAUCCAACGCCUCACGUUCCUCCACGUGUACCACCACUCGGCCGUCGUCGUCAUGUGCUACAUUUGGCUCCAGACGUCUCAGUCGCUGUUCCCGUUGGUGCUCGUGACCAACUCCUCCGUGCACGUGCUAAUGUACGCCUAUUACUUAUCGUGCGCACUUGGGGUUCGUCCCAAGUGGAAGAAGCUCGUGACGGAUUGCCAGAUCGUUCAGUUCUACUCCAGCUUCGUCGUUUUGAGCCUUAUGCUGUUCUACCACUAUUCUGGGUCGGGUUGCUCCGGAGUUUGGGGCUGGAGCUUCAAUGUCGUUUUCUAUGCUUCGCUUUUGUUUCUGUUUGUUGACUUCCAUAAGAAGAAUUACGGGUCGAACUCGAAGAAGAUGACGAUGGCCUGUGACGAGGAUGACGACAAUUACAACGUUAAAACUUGGAAGCCUUUGAUUUAUAGUAUUCCCAAGUAGAAAUCAUCAUCACAAAUUAAUUUUAAAAAGAAAAGACUCAAUCUGUGGAGGAAAAAGAAAGAAAGAAUAUAUUAUGAGAUAAACCAGUUUUUCUUAUUUCUUGAUGGUAAGUAUGAAAGGGACAGUGAUGAUGGGUAUUGGGUCAAGUUAAGUUUCAUGUUGUUUCUUAUAA